AUGUCCACCGAAAAUACACCUUUAAUUUCCUCGUCUGAAGAAGAGGCGACAGCUUAUGGAAUAUCCAACGUUUUAGCUGAUAAUUUGCUUUUCUCCUCUAAUGAUGGAGUGUCAACUUCUACCGAUUUCGGACGAGAAAAAUUAUUUGAUUAUGAAGAGGCAAAGUUUCUGACAAAGAAAGCGGCACCUUUAUUAGUCGCUUAUCUUUUGCAAUAUACCUUACAAGUUGCUAAUGUAUUUUCUUUGGGAAGAUUAGGUUCUAAUGAACUGGCAGCAUCAGCUCUGGGCAGUAUGUUUGCCGCAGUAACCUGUUGGUCAGUCGGAUUAGGUGCCGCAUCGGCCCUCGACACUUUGUGUUCACAAGCCUACACUUCGGGCACACCGAUAAUGGUAGGUGUACAUUUACAACGAGGUGUUAUUAUUGUUCUGAUUGGAAUGAUGCCUAUUGCAAUGCUCUGGUGGGAAGCUGAAAGAAUUUUGGUGGUGCUGGGACAAGACAAAGAAUUAUCAAAAAUGGCAGGAGUUUAUUUGCGGUAUUUGUUGCCGGGUGCUCCCGCAUAUUUAUUAUUCGAGUGCGUCAAAAAAUAUUUGCAAGCACAAGGUAUUAUGCAAGCAAGUACCUACGUGCUAAUAAUAUGCGCACCCAUAAAUUUGGUCCUUAAUUACACUUUAGUCUUGUAUAAGCCUAUCGCAUUAGGAUUUAUUGGUGCUCCUCUCGCCAUCACCAUCGUUAAUUGGCUUAUGUUGAUCUCAAUUGUAUUAUAUAUCCGAUUUUUUGACGGGUAUCAAGUGUGGGGAGGAUGGACUUGUGAUGCAUUACGCGAUUGGCGAACAUUUAUCCAACUUGCAAUUCCAGGAAUUCUUAUGGUCUGCUCGCAGUAUUGGUCCUAUGAAUUAAUUGCGCUUGCUGCUGGAUAUCUUGGAAGUAUUACCUUAGCAAGUCACAGUAUUGUGUUGACUAGUGCAUUGUUGCUAUAUCAAGCGCCAUAUGGUAUUGCGGUUGCUACUUCAAAUAGGGUUGGAAAUUUGUUGGGUGCUGGUUUGGCUUCAAAAGCUCAAGUCACGGCAAGAGUGGCUAUGUUUUUAGCUGUAUUGAUCGCUUUGGUUAACUCUACGGUAUUGAUGGUGUUCAAAGAUUCAUGGGGAUAUUUAUUUACUUCAGAUGAUGAGGUAGUAAAAAUGGUUGCAACUCUUUUGCCACUAUGUGCCGCCUUUCAAGAAUUGAAUGCCGUCGGAGUGGGAAUAUUAUGCGGACAGGGUAAACAACGAGUUGGUGCGAUAUUCACCAUGGUUGGCUAUUUAUUCGCCUUGAUAUUAGGUCUAGUUUUUGAAUUUAGAUAUUAUUUGGGCAUUAAAGGUCUUUGGACCGCUUUAACGUGUGCCUCGAUUGCGAUUGCUAUCGCUGUGAUAUGGACAAUUUUGGUUACUGAUUGGCAGUGGGAGGUUGAACGAUGUAGAAAGCGGAUGAAAAUUGUGGAUCAUAAUGAAAGUAGGGAAAAUGUGUAA